AUGUCCGAAUCGCCAGAAGAUCAACACGUCACUUACUCAUCGACUAUUCUGGUUGAAAAACCACCCAUUGAGGCGAUGGAGGCCCUAAAAGUUCGGAAUUCUCAGCUAAAAGAAAUCAAUCACCAGCUGGCCGAAUGGCUCACUGCUUAUGGACGUCUAAGGCUCAAAUACGUGGACGAGUUGAAAAAAUUGACCUACAAGGGCGAUGUUUUGUUCACGGAAUCCACAAAUUCCAAACUUCACAACGAUAGGAUCGACUCCUUGGGGUUUGUCUCGCCUAUGUGGUCGUCUCUCUUACAGAUUGCUCACGAUGAGGGAAGGUAUUUUGACUCAACCACUAGAAUGAUGGGCCGCGAUAUGAUUGCUCCUUUGAAGCUCUAUACUAGAAGAAACGGGUCCAUUUUAGUGGAGAUGGAUGAGAUAGUCGAAUUGGCCCGUAAAAUUGCCUCUUCCGAGAAGUCAGGAAAGGAAGAUGCUAAGUCCAUGACCCAGUGGUCUGAAAGGGCCCCUAGUUUCUUUGAGGUGUUUGAGAGAUACGAUUAUAAUCGGCUUAUUCUUCUUAAGGAUGUGUUUUUGAAAUACCAAACGGAGAUGUCAGAUGUUUUGACCAAUUUUAAGAAGGAUAGCGAGGCUGGAAUGGAGCAUGUGCUCAGUUUCAAUCCGUCUGAUGAGAUGAAACGUUUUGCCGAUGCUGUGAAUGAGAAGACUUUACCCAUUCAUACGAUUAAGGCGCCUAAAAUAGAGGAAGAUGUAUCUUCUGGCAUUGGUACGACCGGUACUGCCGGUGCUACUGGUGCAGCAGCGAUUGCUUCUGGGGCCUCCGAAGCCAGUGUUAGAGUAGCUUCCGGUGCCUCGACAGUAAGAACGGUCCCUCAAUCGGGAAGUAAACGUCUCUCCAUUUUGCCUGGUCAUCGUCGUAAUCAGGACCGUAAUAGACAAGAGAGUAUUGGAAGCUUCACGGACAAUCCAGCUGCACGGGUGUCAAACUCAUCGGGCAGCACUUUACAUAAGAAAAAAGGUAUGCGAUCAAGGUUUGGAACCAUUUUCCACAGAAAGAAGAAGGAUAAGGAAUCGGACAGCCUCCGUAGUAGUACCAUUGCUGAGUCGGAGACUGAGUCUUUGGCUACGCACGAAACGAGAAGUUCGACACGACAAGAAAAGCAUACGAAAGCUAAAGAAUUGAAACAAGAGCCUAAGGAAGAGCCUAAGGAAGAGCCCAAGGAGAUCAAUAAAGAGCCCAAGGAGGAUCCUAAGGAAGGGCCCAGGGAGGAGACCAAUGAAGACCCCAAGGAGGAGCCCAAGGAAGAUUCUAGCGCAGCAGAGAAGGAAACUAAAUCGGCUGUUUCUGAAGAUCAUAUGGAGUCUCCUGCAUUCUAUCCUGCUAUGCGUCCUACUAAACGUUCUGGUUCUGGGGCUAGUGGCACUUUAUCCCAAAUUACGCCUGAGCAACAGGAAGAAGGGCAGAGUGCUAAUUCUACAACCCUUGAUCCUGCUGUGCCGCAGCCAGCAUCUGUAUCCACCAAUGAUCCUCCUCCACCUCCAUCUUCUAGAAAGCAUGUUGGUUCUGAGCUCAGCUCCCCUACGAUACCACCUGCCAGAAGUUUGCGGGGUUCUGUCCCUCUUCCUCCUGCACAGCGAAGGAUCAGUACAAUGGAAAGCUUAAAACCUGCAAAUACCGGCCUCUCCUCUCAAAGUACUGGCUUGUCCGGCAAUGUUACCGGAGGUGGUGGCCUUGUAAGUGGGCAAAUUGUUCAUCCUUCGCUGACUAAUCCUGGUUUGAAUGCUUCAAUAGUCGAGCUUUUCAAUGCGUCUUUCAAAUCCGGCAAAGUUAUUCGUUCUAACGCAAUAGGCGAAAUUGCUUUCAGUUACAUCCUUGAAGAGCCAAUCAAGAGGAUUCCUUCGAGAAUUAAUCUUCUAUUGAGCUCAAAGUCGGAUGCAUUGUUGCCAGCUUUCGUUGUCAACCCUUUGUUCUUACAGCAAGGUACUAAAUCACCAAACAGUUUUGUGCUCAGCCAACCUUCUCAAAUAAACUUACGUACUGUGGGUGGUUUGAAGUACAUGCUCAAUGAUCCCAUACCACCGAUAGUUAUACAUUCUAUCUGGAAACAUGAGCCCUCAAAGUCUACGGUGAUAAUUUCGCUAAAGCCUGCCAUGAUUCUUGAGAAAUACCUCAAAGAAGGAAAAGUGAUCCUAUCCAAUCUUCUGGUAUCUGUGUCGAUUCAGGAUGCUCACGCAAUUUCUGCCGCCACCAAACCUUCGGGUUCUUUCAGUAGAGAAAAGAGUAGAAUAACGUGGAAUUUGCCAGAUGGAAUCGUUUUCGACACUUCCAAGAAGGAGGAGCGUUUGAUUGCAAGGUUUAUCACAGAUGGAAUUGCAAGAGAAUCGGACUCUGGUGUUCAAAUGAGAUUCACUAUCAACGGCGAGGAUGGUGCCUCCUUUGUCGGGGGUCUCAGUAACGAUCUAGAAAUAUUGGCAGAAGAUGAGGACAUGAUUGAGGAUCCCUUCAGCAGUACGUCAAGUCUUCCUGAUACCAAGCCAGCUGCGUCAGGUGAUUGGUUAGAGGUUCCAACGCUGAAGACUGUUGUAGCAGGCGGAUACUCGGGCCAUGUGUAA